AUGCUCCGGCUGCUGAGCGCCCUCCUGCUGGUGGCCCUUGCCUCAGCCUCUGGCCAACCUUCCUUCCGCCUGUCCAUCCGGGUUGUCAAUGGCACCGAGGUAGACCCCCACAGCUGGCCCUGGCAGGCCAUGGUGCUGUUUGAGGAGGACGGGGCCCUGUACUUCAUCUGUGGCGGGACCCUCAUCGACCCUGACUGGGUUAUGACUGCCGGCCACUGCUUCCCCUACACCGGGAACUACUGGGUGCUGCUGGGUGCACACAACAUAACUGCCAUAGGGGCAAACCAGCAGAUCAUCCCCGGGGAGAAGAUCAUCGUGCACCCAGACUAUGAUGACAACGACGCGUCCAAGGGCAAUGACAUCGCCCUCAUCAAGCUGUCACGCAGCGCCGAGGUGACAGAGGAAGUCCAGCCCGCCUGCCUUGCCCCCCGUGACUACAUCCUGCCCCACGGGACGCAAUGCUACAUCACUGGCUGGGGCACCACCUCCACUGGAGGGUCAGUCUCAAAUGUUCUACUGGAGGGGCUGCUGCCCGUGGUGGACUACGAAAACUGCUCCCAGCCGGACUGGUGGGGCUCCACUGUGAAGGAGAUCCAUGUGUGUGCCGGCGGUGGCAACGUCGCUGGCUGCAACUGUGACUCUGGGGCACCCCUCAUCUGCCGCAUAGGAAAAGGCGUUUGGAAAGUCUAUGGUGUGGCCAGCUUUGUCUCCGCCAAUGGCUGUGUCACCCCCCAGAAACCCACGGUGUUCACCCGAGUGUCGGCCUUCAUUCCCUGGAUUAUUGGGACCAUUGCAAACAACUAG